CUCCGACCGCGGGGCACCGCCUCAGAUUAGACGCACAUAUGAUGUUACUGCCAAAUUAACCUCUAUAUCGAAAUCAAACGAUGAAGAGAGAGGUGAUUUAGUAAGAGCACAGUCCAUAUUAUUUUUAUACGCUCUCGUGUGUUCGUGACUGUGAAUAAAUAUUGAUUAAGAGAGCGUCGCGAGCGUGUUGUUUUUACGGGCAAAUCAGGAAUGUUCCUUCCGCUUCCCAAGAAAAAAAAUAAACGGAAGUUAAACUGGUAGGCCCCUGUGUGGGGGAUCAUCUUCCCCUUAGCUGUCUGCAGGUGUCCGUCGAGUAGAGAAACCAACUCUUCUUGUUUCUUGAAGCCCUGCCUCUGGAUCAAGUUAUAAAAAGUGGUCCCGCCUGUUUUGGAGUGUGGGGGCCAGAAUCCCAGCUUGUCCUGUUUCUCAGGCAAUGAAGCUGCAGGCGGUGAUGGAGAACCUGCACAGACAGCAGAGAGCCAAACUGCUGAUGGAGCAGGCGGGGCAAUCACGCAGCCCUCCCCCUAUGGGGGAGGAGCUUAAAGCAAUCUCUGCCUCUGACACAGAGCAGGCGCAGAUGGCGGCGCUAGCAGCGAUGCGCGCAGUAGCAGCUGGACUUCAGAGGGCCGACAGCCCCAUGUCUGAACACAGCAGUGGAGGAGAUGUAGAUGAUGAAGAGGAGGAUGAAGAGGAAGUGGACGAGCCAUACAAAGAUAUGAUGGGGUCUGAGGAGGAAGAGCAGAUAAAACACAAAUGGGAUGAAGAUGACUUUGAGGGUGAAAUGGAUGAAGACUAUGAUGACGAUCUAGGUGACGAAGGGCUGCCAUCAGGCCGUGAGGCCGUUACCCCAGGCAGAGGCAUCCUCCUCUUACCCCACCGCCAUUUACACCCUCACUCCCAGCUGCUAAAGGCUCGGCCUGCUUCAGAAACCGAACCACGAGCAUUGGCUCACUCCGCUCAUUCAUCCCAUGGGCCACUCCAUGGGCAGGACCAUGCAGACUGGACCUAUGAAGAGCAGUUCAGACAGCUCUAUGAACUGGACAGUGACCCAAAGAGGAAGGAGUUCCUGGACGAUCUGUUCAGUUUUAUGCAGAAGAGAGGGACCCCAGUGAACAGGAUUCCCAUCAUGGCCAAGCAGGUGUUGGACCUCUACAUGUUGUACCAACUGGUGACAGAGAAGGGGGGCCUGGUGGAGGUCAUAAAUAAAAAGUUGUGGAGGGAGAUCACGAAGGGCCUGAACUUGCCGACCUCCAUCACUAGCGCUGCCUUCACUCUCAGAACACAAUAUAUGAAGUAUCUGUAUCCUUACGAAUGUGAGAAGAGGGGUCUCAGCAAUCCCAACGAGCUGCAGGCGGCCAUCGACAGUAACCGGCGUGAGGGGCGCAGGCAAGGUUUUGGCAGCUCACUCUUCACCUACUCGCCCAAUGGAACACCCACCAUGCUCUCCUCUCCCAAACUCUCCAUGCCACCUAUGGGCAUCGCCCUGCCCAGCAACGGAGCCUCCAUAUUAUCCUUACAGAAAGUUAAAAAAGAGGAUGACGGGGUUCGUCUGCCAGUGUCUCUGGCUAGUCAGACAGUAGCUGCGGCCCAGGCUGCAGCUGCACAGGCCACCAUCGCACAGGUAGCUGCACUGGAGCAGCUGCGGGACAAGCUGGAGUCAGGCGAGCCCCCGGAGAAGAAAGUUGCGCUACCACUGGAGGAACACCAGCGGCUACUGCAGAGAGCUCUGCAGCACAACCUGCUGGCUAUGACGGCACAAAUCCCUAUGAACAUUCGCAUCAACAAUCAAGAGAGCAGACCAGACUCUGCCAUGAACCUGACUACCAAUGGCCUAAACAGCAUCAGCAUGUCUUUGGAGCUCAAUGGAGUCGUCUACACUGGUGUUCUCUUCGCUCAGGCUGCGGCGCAGACCUCAUCGGGUGCAUCUAACAAAUCUUCUCAGUCAGUUCUCCACACGCCUACCUCAUCCUCCUCCAACAACCAAUCGCCUUAGCACCUCAGACUCUCUCCCUCAAUGCAAAACCAAAAUCUCAGUUACUACAGAAGAUAUGCCAAAAACUAGUCAGGAAUAACUGAAUCGUUCUCAACUUGAAGUACACUAGCUCAGGUCUUUUAUUUACACGCUCCUUUGUUCAGGAGUCAAAAGAAAUCUAAAAUAACAACAGAGUUUAUUAUAAAGAUAAUGUAUAUGCAAAACCUGUGAAUAAUUUAUUUCUCUUUCUGUGAGCACACUGUCUGGCGUUAACAAGGCAGUAGGAUUCUGCUUUUUAGGGUUUUAUAAUCGCUGACUGAUGAAAGCUUUUCAUCUAUAAGCAAAACCAUAACAAUAGUGGGAUUGUUAUAACGUGUGAUGCAAACAGCUUAAGGGUCUGAACUAAUAAUAUAUUGUUAUAGAUUUUAUUUUCCCUGUGUAUGUAUCUGCAGUGCCUUGUGAAGGUUUUUCCUCAGCACACUUUGAAUGUGCUGUUGACAGGCGAGCGUCUAAACUUCAGCGCCAACACAAUACAAAGUGCUUAAAGACGUGGAGGUUUUUUUUAUUGCAAGUAUUCAACCAUUUGAUUUCCCAUCUCAGAGGUCUGCUCUGUGAUGGUGUUAAUGAUCUUAAUUUCGGGCAGUGAACAUUAAUGCUAAGGAACUCAUUUAAAAAAAUUGUUGGCAUGCAUUUGUAGAUGUGUAUAAUUGCAUUAUGCAUAAUGUUUUCAUAAUUCAUGUUUGUUUUGGCAAACUCUGGAGGCUGCGUUCUCCAUGAGCCUCGCAACGGUGGCUGGGGCAUCGCAGGGACCGAACGGCGUUACCUGGAACUGCCACAGCCCACAAACUUUUUUGGCCCAUGGUUGCUCUAAAGCAGAAUUGGAAGUAGUUCAGAGGUUAUUUUACUUGCGCUUGCGCUUUCACUCAGAUCAGUAGUAGCAUGACAGUUUGAUUAUACGUUCUUCUUAAGAUUUAAACAAGCAAUUCAUCCUGUGUUUGAUUACUACACUAACUGGAGAUUUAGUGUUGAGUGUCAUUUAGGGGUCCAACAAUGCAGCCUUUGCUUCAGUUUUUGGUUCUGUAUUUUUAACAAAAAACCCAACAGCACAAAUCAGAGAAAAUUCGAAUUACAAUGGGAUGUUUUGAAAGUGCAAAGUGUCUUGAGCAGAAUGGAUUAUUCUCUUCUAAAGGGAUUUAGUUUUUUUAGGUUGUUUUAAUCAUGCCAUCAACUGCUCCGGACAGUAAGGUCUUUUUCCUGUCCUUAUCAACUUGUAGCUGCAAUUUAUUGUCAAGCUCUUCUAGCAUUACACUGUAUGCAAGGUCAAAAAAACUCACUUGGUGGGCAUCUAGGGGUGAAACUUUCUUUUUUUAAUUGAUACAAACAUGGUAGUCUUUCAUCUGAAAUUGAAUAAUUUAGUUUGCAUUUCAAGUUAGUUGAUGGAAAAUGGUGUUUCCAGACGCUUAAAGCUUUAUUUUUAUCCAAAACAGCUUGCAGGUACAGAUUCUUUGGAGAAACUUAAAUGCCUUGAUCUUUUAUUUGGGAUCAAACUUGUGGCCUUUGCUUUCACUGAUGAGAUCCUUAACCGUCAAGCUACCGCAUCCUCUUUGAAUGCUCACUCUUGAAGCAAACCUUUAUUAUUCACAAGGACCAUAGUUGCUGUACAGGACACAGUCUAGAAAAGGUUGUUAACUGUUUCUGUCUGUAUUGUACAACUGUACAUAUUAGUUUUGUUUUGUUUUUUUCUCUAUUUAUGUCAGGACAAUCACACAUCAAAGUCAUUACUGCCAAAUCUCUACCUCAAAGACUCAUUUAUCAGCUCAGAAUUGUUUGCAAGCCUUCAUAGUUUGCCACUUUUCACAUGGAUUUACUUGCUGUGAAGUAGAACAGGACAUGCAUGUCCACUUUUAUUCUGUUAAUUUGAAAAUAUUAGCCAUGAUAUCCAUAAAGCUCCUUCUUGCUUGUAAAAUGGCACAUUGAGAUCAUGGAAUUUUUCCCGUUUCAUCUGCCAGUCUGCCUUUUAGAAUCAAAUCCCUCAACUUUUAAGUGACCAUUGUUUUGUAACAGUAGUUUUUCAUUAUAAUGGCCUUUAGUGUAUUUCAAUCAGAGAUGCUGUUUUUGCUUUCUUUCUUAGGAGAGUAAGACAGAUACACACAACACCCAUUUAAAGCAGUUGGUAUCCAUAAGAGGGAUGUCGGAUCUGUUUUCACUUUGAUGUAUGCCUUAAAGUAGGCACGUUUUAAAACUUAAAUAUAGCAUGCUAAUGUAGUCAACUUUAUUGCCAGGACAACCAAAAUUGCUGUACAAUACAACUUUGCUAUUAAUGCAGGAUGCCUUAUUCUUUGAUAUUUCUUGAGCUUUUCUCUUUUCAGAACUUAACAUUACACUAAAAAAAUCAAGUAAUUCACAUUUCCAAUACAUAGACAGCUGUGAAAUUAAGGAUUUAUGUUAAGAAAAGGCAUUUGUUGUCUUCUCAGGAAAUACAAUUCUACCUCUAGUUAUACAGAAAUAUUCAUCUUAGUGCUGUGGUCAGUGCAUAUAACAUUUAUUUUACCCUUUUAUAAUGGUAAUGGUAAAUGUUUCCCUUUGCUCACUGACACAAGGGUUUUUAUUAAUUGCAAGUAUAUUAUAUGAAUUUUGUUCUUUUCUUUUUAAAAAUCUCUAUCCCUUUUUUUAUGUGAGUGCUUUUGAGUUUUGGCUUGCUUAGUUUGAAUCUGAAAUUGCUCCUUGGAGAGACCAGGUUUUGGUUACGGUGCUGAACGUACCACUGAUGCAUCAUUCUGUGUUUCCACUUGUGCGUUUUUAAAACGUUUGAAUUGCUUAGUGUCGACCUCUUGACUGUUUCUAUUAGUGGUGAAGGACAAAGACAAUCCUUAGCUUUUUCUUGUGUAUCGCUAUGUAAUUGGGGGAAAGGGGAUCUGACGAAUGUCACAAAAGUGCUGUUAUGGGAUAUUAUGGAUUCAAAUACUCUAUAACCUAUAUUUUAGGAAAUCGUCUCACAACAACUGUACCUCUCUCAGUCUGAAUUCUGAAAACCCAGAAAAUGACAAUAAACGCACACCUCAACACAUUUGAAAACAAAAUGCAGUUAACAGACAAAACAGAUUUUUUUUUUUUUUUUUUUAACUGAAGUUAUUGCCUUUUUAUAUGAUGUAAUGUAAUCGUACUUCUGGAGCUUCAGUUUGGGUGUGUCUGUUUUCUGUUGUGUUAUUGCCCUGUUUAAAAGAGACAGUUCAUGUUCAUGAGUUUUGUUGUUUCAGAAUUUGCAAAAUGUACUCUCUCAACGUUUACAUUUUAUAAUUGUCAAGCAUCAGAUCUGUCAAUGUUUGAUUUUUCAAAAUUGAGAUCUUCAGCUGUUAACAUUGAAUACAAUAAAAUGUAAUUCUGAUGUAA